AUGCACGGCGCACAGGCUCAAACCAGCACCUUAGGGCUAUGCUGCCGAUUCGCCGGUGAGGACGUCAACGCUGCAUGUUUCUGUUCCAAAGAUAUCGAUGCAUCUACAACUAGAUGGAUGGUGGACAGGAUUGAUCCCCGCGUGUGGGGCAAUAGUCGCCCGCUAUAUAGGAGAUGCAACACUGCACGCCGUUAUCAUUAUGCGAUCGCUACCUGA